AUGAGUGCAGAGUCUUCCUUAUCAUCAGCACAACCAAAGUGCAGGGUACAGUCUGCCUUGAAGAAGAUCUUUGGAUUUGACUCUUUCCGGUCUAGUCUGCAGGAGGAUGCAACUCGUACUGUGGUUAGAGGUGACAAAGAUGUGUUUGUGUGCAUGUGUCCAACCGGAGCUGGCAAAUCUCUCUGCUAUCAGCUUCCUGCCGUCCUUACAGUGGGAAUUACCAUUGUUAUCUCUCCACUCAUUGCUCUAAUUCAGGAUCAAAUAGACCACCUUGUAGCCCUGAAGAUUAAAGCCUGCUCUCUAAACUCCAAACUGCCCUCAGCAGAACGCAAACAAAUCCUACAAGAUCUGGAGUGUGAGAGCCCCAAAACCAAGCUUCUAUACAUCACCCCUGAAAUGGCUGCUGCCACAUCUUUUCAGCCUACCCUGAACAUGCUACUUUCUCGGGGCCUCCUGUCCUAUCUCAUCAUAGAUGAAGCCCAUUGUGUCUCUGAAUGGGGCCAUGAUUUUCGUCCUGAUUACCAGCGUUUGGGGACUUUGAGAUCUCGCUUGCCGCAAACGCCCUGUGUUGCUCUCACUGCCACAGCCACCAAGCAAGUACAAGAUGAUAUUAUAUCGUCACUGAAGUUGCGUCAACCCAUUGCAAUGUUCAAAAUGCCUUGCUUUCGUGUCAAUCUUUUCUACGAUGUUCAGAUGAAGGAGCUUUUGUCAGAUGCUUAUGGGAAUCUCAAGGAUUUCUGUUUGAAAGCUCUAGGAGAGAAGAAACCUACAGGGGGUUUCUCAGGCUGUGGAAUAGUGUACUGCCGAACCAGAGAAGCAUGUGAGGAAGUAGCAACACAAUUAUCUCAGCGAGGUGUCCCCUCCAAGGCCUAUCAUGCUGGUCUCAAAGCAGCAGAUAGAGUGACUGUCCAAAAUCAGUGGAUGGGG